AGUAGGAGGAGGGACUAAGUUGCAGGGACAAGGGAGGGAGAAACAGAGAGGGGGAUGGACCGAGAGAGAGAGAGGGGAGGGAGCAUCGGACACGGGGAAAGUAGAUGAGAAGGAGAAGGAAAGAGGGGGAAACUGAGUGAGUCAGAAGAAGAGAGAGGAGAGCAAAGAGGAAAAAGGAGGACAGAUCAGCAAAUCAGCCAAAAAGCAUUCCUCUCACAGCUGCAGUGAUCCAGGCUGGGAGGGGAAGUUUAGCUCCCCAGGAGAAGAAAGCAGAAAAAAAACCAAGAAAUUGCAUUUUAUUUUUUUAAAAUACUUUUUUUUUUUCUCUCUGGGUAAAGUCAUUUAGGAGAAUCCCUUGAGAGGAAAGGGAACAAGAAGAAAGAGGAAUCAGAGAGCUUUCUGCAGCCUCCGAGUGUCCUGCAGGGGAAAAUGGAUUCAGACUCCGGAGAGCAGAGUGACGGAGACCUGUCUCCAGGACAGGAGAGCUUCAACUCUCGCUCCCUGGCCCUGCAGGCCCAGAAGAAGAUCCUGAGCAAGAUGGCGACCAUGGUGGUGGCCAACAUGCUGACAGACGACACCAGCAGCGAGAUCUUGGACGAGCUCUACAAGACGAGCCGGGAGUUCACCAAGAGCAAGAAGGAGGCCCACAAGAUCAUCAAGGAUGUCAUCAAGAUCGCCCUGAAGAUCGGCAUCUUGUACCGCAACCACCAGUUCAGCCCCGACGAGCUCGACACGGUGGAGCGCUUCAAGAAGAAGAUGAACCAGGCGGCCAUGACGGCGGUGUCGUUCUACGAGGUGGAGUACACCUUUGACAGAAAUAUUCUGUCCGAGCUCCUGCUGGAGUGCAGGGACCUGCUUCACAACCUGGUCGAGCAGCACCUGACGACGCGCUCUCACGGGCGCAUCGACCACGUUUUCAACCAUUUUGCCCACGGGGAGUUCCUGGCCGAGCUGUACGGGGACAGAGAGGAGUACAGACUCUCCCUGAGGAAGAUCUGCAAUGGCAUCAACAAACUGCUGGACGAAGGAACGCUUUAACCUCACACACCUGACCUCUUUCACCUCUAGCUCUUUCUCCUCGUUCUCCUUCUCGUGCUGAUCUCUCCUGCUUCCUCCUAUUUCCUUUUCACUUGCUCACCCCUGACCGCUCACGUCCUCCUCCUUCUUUUUCGCUCUCGUCUUCCUGUUUCUUCUUCAUCUAUUUCCAUGAAGCUGGCUGUAACAUCCUGCUGCUUUGGUUCAAUGAGAGGAGUUUUUUUUUUCUAGACUGUCUUUCCACUCGACGGAUCAUUGCCGCACACUGGGACAGCCUUUAUCAUGUUGUAUGCAUCAUAGCAUUACCAGUCACCCCCUUUUGUGUGCAAAACUGUACUGUACCAAUGGCCAAAAAACAUACAUUAGGUAUAGUUGGAUAUGGAAGAUAAUCAGUAGUAGUUAUCAGUCUCUCUCUCUCUUUGUGGUUGUGUGUGUGUCUGUGUGUGCACAUGUGUUUGUAUGGGAUUUGCUAGAAUAAUGUGUUUGUACAUAAGACCAAUGGUGUGUGUAUUAUGUAUCCGUGUCAAUCUUCUCUACAAGGGUGUAACACUUGUCUUUUAUUAAAGAUUU